AGUUUAAAACAUGCUAUACUUUCCAACACUAGAGCAACAAGAGACAUUUGUAUUUUAGCUCAAUAUAUGAAGAAUUUAAAAGCAUUAGUGUAUGUUAGUACAGCAUUCGCACACGUGAAUAAUGCAUUUAUUGAAGAAAAAAUGUACCCACCUAUAGCUGAUUGGCGGAAAAUGAUAGAGAUCGCGGAGUCAUUGGAUGAACAUACUUUAAACAUUUUUACAGCUAAAUGUUUGGAUUACGCUCCGAACACGUAUAUUUUUUCGAAGAACCUAGCGGAAAGUGUAAUACAGGAUUAUUCUUUCUUUUUUCCUUGCGCGAUUGUAAGACCUUCCUUAGGUACGUAGCCUUAUUUUUCCUAACAAUAAGUAUUAGAACUAAAUUUUUGUUUUAACGCCUUAUUAUUGUGUAUGCUAAAUAUUUGUAUCCGUUAUUUU